CGGGAGCCGUAAGGGAGACAGGGCGGGCCGAAGGAGUGGCGCUGUGGGGUUGGCUGUUGCCCUGAGGCCGGACUCAACGGACCGGGCCGCGCCACCGGGCGAGCUCGCCGCCCGGCCCCAGCCCGGAGCCAGCGAGUGAGCGAGGCGGUGCCGCGCGGUUUGGUUGUAAAUGCAUCACCAAGAGGCAGCCCAGAAUGAAGAAAGCAAACAGGAGUGCUGGCUCAGUGCCUAAGGUGUCUGGGAUAAGCAAACCACAAACGGUAGAAAAAAGCAAGUCUGAAAACAGCUCUUCAGCACCCACAGGAGGCAAACCUGUAAAGCCUGGGGCAGCAGCGGCCUUGUCAAAGACCAAGAGCAAUGAUGACCUUUUAGCUGGAAUGGCUGGAGGAGUGAACGUGACUAAUGGUGUUAAAGCCAAGAAAAGCAACUGUUCAUCUGCAGCGCCUUCAGCCCCUGCCCCUGCCAUGACCAUCUCGGAGAGCAAGUCCAAGAGUAGCACAGGCACUAGUUCCUCAGCCAAACGGAGUACUUCGGCUGGUAAUAAAGAGUCCAGUUCUACUAGAGAAAGAUUACGUGAACGCACCCGGCUAAACCAGAGCAAAAAACUGCCCUCCGUAAGUCAGGGAGCUAACGAUGUGGCACUGGCUAAGCGCUCACGCAGCCGCACUGCUACAGAGGGUGAUAUUCGCAUGAGCAAGUCUAAGUCGGACAAUCAGAUCAGUGACAAAGCUGCUUUGGAAGCCAAGGUGAAAGAUCUCCUCACACUGGCGAAAACCAAGGAUGUGGAAAUUUUACAUUUGAGAAAUGAACUCCGAGACAUGCGUGCUCAGCUGGGCAUUAGUGAGGACCAUUGUGAAGGUGAGGACAGGUCUGAGGAGAAGGAAACCAUUAUUGCCCACCAGCCAACUGAUGUGGAGUCUACCCUCCUGCAGCUGCAGGAACAGAAUACAGCCAUCCGCGAGGAGCUCAACCAGCUCAAGAAUGAAAACAGAAUGCUAAAGGACAGGCUGAAUGCUUUGGGCUUUUCCCUAGAGCAAAGGCUGGACAAUUCUGAAAAACUGUUUGGCUAUCAGUCCCUGAGCCCAGAAAUCACCCCUGGUAACCAGAGUGAUGGAGGAGGAACGCUGACAUCCUCAGUAGAAGGCUCUGCUCCGGGGUCAGUGGAAGAUCUCCUGAGCCAGGAUGAAAACACACUCAUGGCCCAUCAGCACAGUAACUCCAUGGACAACCUGGACAGUGAGUGCAGCGAGGUCUACCAGCCCCUCACUUCCAGCGAUGAUGCUCUGGACGCCCCUUCCUCUUCAGAGUCAGAGGGCGUCCCAAGCAUUGAGCGCUCUCGGAAGGGGAGCAGUGGCAACGCCAGCGAGGUGUCCGUCGCUUGCCUGACAGAACGGAUUCACCAGAUGGAAGAGAACCAGCACAGUACCAGUGAGGAGCUUCAGGCAACUCUGCAAGAGCUAGCGGAUCUCCAGCAGAUUACCCAGGAGCUCAACAGCGAGAACGAAAGGCUCGGAGAGGAGAAGGUCAUUCUCAUGGAGUCGCUGUGUCAGCAGAGUGAUAAGCUGGAACACUUUGGCCGACAGAUUGAAUAUUUCCGUUCCCUUCUCGAUGAGCAUCACAUUUCUUACGUCAUAGAUGAAGACGUAAAGAGCGGGCGCUACAUGGAGCUAGAGCAGCGCUACAUGGACUUGGCUGAGAAUGCCCGUUUUGAGCGAGAGCAGCUUCUAGGCGUUCAGCAGCAUCUAAGCAACACUCUGAAGAUGGCCGAACAAGAUAACAAGGAAGCUCAAGAAAUGAUCGGUGCCCUCAAAGAGCGCAGCCACCACAUGGAGCGGAUAAUUGAGUCUGAGCAGAAGGGCAAGGCGGCCCUGGCAGCCACGUUGGAGGAGUACAAAGCUACUGUGGCCAGUGACCAGAUAGAGAUGAAUCGCUUGAAGGCCCAGCUGGAGAAGGAGAAGCAGAAGGUGGCUGAGCUGUACUCUAUCCAUAACUCUGGAGACAAGUCCGAUAUCCAGGACCUCCUGGAGAGCGUCAGGCUGGACAAGGAAAAGGCCGAGACUCUGGCCAGCAGCCUGCAGGAGGACCUGGCUCAUACCCGCAAUGACGCCAAUCGCUUACAGGACACCAUCGCUAAGGUAGAAGAUGAGUACCGAGCUUUCCAGGAAGAAGCCAAGAAGCAGAUUGAAGAUUUGAAUAUGACGUUAGAAAAGCUAAGAUCAGAGCUGGAGGAAAAAGAAACAGAGCGGAGCGACAUGAAGGAAACCAUCUUUGAGCUUGAAGAUGAGGUGGAGCAGCACCGGGCUGUGAAGCUGCACGACAACCUCAUUAUCUCUGACUUAGAGAAUACAGUUAAAAAACUCCAAGACCAAAAGCAUGACUUGGAAAGAGAAAACAAGACCCUUCACAGGAGACUUCGGGAAGAGUCCGCAGAAUGGCGGCAGUUUCAGGCUGAUCUCCAGACUGCGGUGGUCAUUGCAAAUGACAUCAAGUCUGAAGCCCAAGAGGAGAUCGGUGAUCUAAAGCGGCGGCUACAUGAGGCCCAAGAGAAAAAUGAGAAACUCACCAAAGAAUUGGAGGAAAUAAAGUCACGCAAGCAAGAGGAGGAGCGUGGCCGGGUGUAUAACUACAUGAAUGCUGUUGAAAGAGAUCUGGCAGCCUUGAGGCAAGGGAUGGGACUGAGUAGAAGGUCCUCGACUUCCUCAGAGCCAACUCCCACAGUAAAAACCCUCAUCAAGUCUUUCGACAGUGCGUCUCAAGUACCAAAUGCUGCUGCUGCUGCAAUCCCUCGGACACCUCUGAGUCCAAGUCCCAUGAAGACCCCCCCUGCAGCUGCCGUUUCCCCCAUGCAGAGACAUUCUAUAAGUGGGCCAGUCUCGACCUCCAAGCCUCUGACAGCCUUAUCGGAUAAGAGGUCAAACUAUGGAGAAAUUCCCGGACAAGAGCAUCUACUAAGAACGUCUUCAACUAGCCGACCCGCCUCUCUCCCAAGAGUCCCUGCUAUGGAAAGUGCUAAGACCAUCUCAGUGUCUCGACGGAGUAGUGAAGAAAUGAAGCGGGACAUAUCUGCAUCUGAGGGGGCAUCACCAGCCUCUCUCAUGGCUAUGGGCACCACAUCCCCACAGCUCUCCCUGUCUUCCUCUCCCACCGCAUCAGUCACUCCAAGCACCCGGAGCCGAAUAAGGGAAGAAAGGAAAGACCCCCUCUCAGCAUUGGCGAGAGAAUACGGAGGAUCUAAGAGGAAUGCCUUGUUGAAGUGGUGUCAGAAGAAAACAGAAGGCUAUCAGAAUAUCGACAUCACAAACUUCAGCAGCAGCUGGAACGAUGGGCUGGCUUUCUGCGCACUUCUUCACACCUAUCUCCCAGCCCACAUACCAUAUCAAGAGCUGAACAGCCAAGAGAAGGUGAGCCGAAACCAGGGAUGGUGCCUUGUCGGUGGGCCACUCGUUCCAGCCUUGCCUCACAGUAGCCUGUCCUGGCUCAUUCCCCUGGAUUCCUUGUUUAUACUUCAGCCAGCCAGUCCCGGGUCCACCUAUCGCCCCUGUAACAGCAUUCCUAGUGGGAGUAGUUGGCUCUCUUUGGUUGGCAAUAUUUAGCCUCAAGGGCUUUAAGAAGUCCCAAAGAAAGAUAAUAGUGACAUGAUUGGUCAGGGCAGUCCAGCUAGCCUAGGCAGCCUCCUGUCACCUCAGGACCAGCACUUCUGUUCACAGCCUAUCGUAGUACACCAUGGAACUCAGCAAUGACAGUCUUGUAUCCAAGCUAUGGUUCAGGGUACCCCACUCUAAAGGUCCUUCAGGCCCCUGCUUUCUUUUAUGGUGGCCCAAGCCCUGUAGGGACCCUGCACAGGGGAGAAUGGUCUCUGGAUAGCUGUCUGCAGCUUUCAGAGUGGGAAAACAGUAAGUAGUGCUGGAGCUGGCUGCAGAGGAGAGCCAAGGCCCUGAGGGCUAGGGUCUGCCCUGCAUGAUCUUCCGCUUUCCACACACCCCACUGACAUGAUCUCUCUUACAGAAAAGGAACUUCACCUUGGCUUUCCAGGCAGCUGAAAGUGUUGGAAUCAAAUCCACUCUGGUAAGCCCCUCACUGAGGUUUUGCUGACAGUGAGUGCCUAGGAAAAGUGGUCAUGGCUGGACUGGACUGAGGAUGUGAACACUCACAGGAUCUCAGUGCUGUACCAAAUGAUUCUCUUGAGGAAUUAUCCAAAGGAAUAAGCAGCUUUGGACCCCAGUCCCAGCAACCUUAUAUGGAGCUGCUCUUCAUGGUUGUCUGUUCAUGAGCAGAGUCUGUAGGUUCAGGGAAAGUGUCACAGGGCUGUGCUGUGUGCCCUCUGUCAGUCUGCAGCAGUAGUGGCUCAGCCUGUGGAUCGAGACUCCUCUGGGGGGUCGAAUGACCAUUUCAGUUGGGUCGCCUAAGACCAUUGGAAAGCACAGUUAUUUGCAUUAUGAUUUAUAACGGUAACAAAAUUACAGUUAUGAAGCAGCAAUGAAAAUAAUUUUAUGGUUGGGGUCACCACAACAUGAGGAUCUGUGUGAAAGAGUCACCACUGGUCUAGAGGGUGAGGGUCAAGAGCCCAGAAGCUAUCCGGAAGUGGACAGCACUGCCCAUAGUUCCUCACAGGGGCCAUAAGAAGGUGCUGAAAAUGUUGCUCAUGAUGCAAAACCCAAGUUGUGGAAAUGGGGGCCUUUCUUAGGCUUCUACCCCGUCCCUGCUGGGCUCACAGACAGACAUCUGUCUGCUCUUGCUGUCCUCUGCAUGCCUACCACAUCUAGAUGCAGAAGGAUGCUUCUGCACCUAGAAGGACUUGCUAGAGUAACAGUGACAGUGCCCAGACCUGUUCCUGCUCAGGGCUAUGUACAAAAGAAAGGAUCCAGUGGAACCAGAACAUUCUUAGGAUCCUAGGGGACCUGCAGGUCUCCAGGUCUGUCUCCUUAGCUAAAGGUACCCAUUACCUUGACUUGUAGCAACUGCAUGGGCCAGGAAGAAGUACUUACAGUAAUAGUUAUACCGUGACAGUGUUCACCUAUAGUGUGUCUUCGAAACUCAGAAAAUCAUGCUUGCUUAGGCUAGCCUUUAUCUGGCUGUGUAGGAAGAGAUCAGAUACAUUGUAGUAGGACAUUGCACACCAUGUACAACGUGUUCAUUAAAAAAAGGCUAGGUAUUUCAGCCUAACCAAGAAGCUUAUAGUCAAGAUUUGUUCACAAGCCAACUGACUUGUUUGCUGUCUUAACUUGCUCAGGACAGCCCUUCUCAUCCCGUGUGCUCAGUGGCAUUUCUGGGUUCCUCGAGUGUGGAACGGUCUUCUCAGACUACCUGGCCCUGCCCUUUAGUUGCUACAGGCCCUUGUGACAGGUGCUGAGACCCCAAGGGCGGGAGCCGCUCUAUUUCCACCACAGGCCACUUGUUCUCUUCACAACGCAGCUAAAAAAGAAAGUCUUUAUAACUCGACACACCAUGAUGCUGUGAGCCCUAAAGUGUCUCCAGAGAACAGCCUAGAAAGAACCUAGAAGUCUGGGGAGAGUUUCCACUUGAUAAGCUGUGGCUGGGGUAGAGGAGACCCUAGUGGGACAGAAGUGUGACACUCAGUAAGGAGAUGCUCACGGGGCCACUGGAGUAGAGCGGCUACUGGAGGCCUGUCCUCUGAAGAGGCAGUACGCCUUGGACUAAAGGCUGUCUGCUGCUUACUGGGACUAAAACCCAUUGGGGUGGCUUGUGAGGGUAACAAGUCCUAAUUAAGCUCCUUCUCCACAGGACAUCAAUGAAAUGGCACGCACUGAACGGCCGGACUGGCAGAACGUAAUGCUGUAUGUCACAGCCAUCUACAAGUACUUUGAAACCUGAGCACACCGGAUGGCUGCUACCAGCUAGGGACCUCUGCAGUCACCAAGUGACAACACCAUUAGCUAGAACCCCUAAAGCUUUCAGCGACUCUGGGCCUCCCUGCAGGGAGUGUGCCCAGCUCUAGGCCUCUGCAUUGGAACUGGAACUGCAGACCAGGGCUCUUCGACGUGGCUGUCCUCGGGAUCAGAACACAGCACACCGCCGGCCUUCUUCCAGAGACCGUCUAGCUCUAACUAGCCCUGGAGUGUAAAAACACAAAGGCUUGUGCCUGGCUCAUCCUGGGAAAUGGGAUUAAGUUGUGGGAGCCACGGGUCAGUGAAAGCUAAAGCUAUCGAACUUCUUGACUGUCAUCCGUGGGAUUCCCAGUGCUGGGACAGAGCUGGCCUUGGUCCCUUCAUGUGGGCCUGGGUUCUAGGAGUGAAUCAGAGAAGAGGGUCAGUACCCCUUCCGUGCGAGGACCGUCCUAACCACUGCGGUAACUUAGCAGUGUUAAAGGCCAGCGCAGAGGCCCACAGCCAGUUGAGUCUACACGGCCACCAAGCAGAUUUUUGUCAGUCUCAAGAAGCAGGUGGCACACCCAGUAGGUGCUCAGCCUCUAGCCUGUAGCACCAAGGAAAAGACUGGUCACACGGAGUCUCUCAUUAAAGUUGUUGUUUUAUUAUAAGCAAUAUUGGUGAAAUAGCUCCUAUUCUGUUAGUACCAAAGUUAAUUGCUUUAGUAAGCAUAGAAAUAAAAACAUAAUGUGGGCAUUAGCAUGGUGAGAGUGAGGAUUCGUGCAGUAGGGACAAGAGGACGUGCUUUAGGGGGCCAGAGACUCAAGUCACACUGAUAGCUGCCCCAGGGCAGGAGUUCAGACAGUGCCUUAGCCCUGCACCAGGACAGCUGAGCCUACACCUGCAUGGGUGUCCUGCAUGUUGAUGGGGACUCUAGGAGAGGUGGCUCCAUGCUGUGCCUGGGCUAUGGGGCCCACACCAUGAGCCAAGGCCUUAACUCGGUUCUGUUGAUUUCUGCCUGGAAUUGAGCAGCCCCUUUUCAAGAAUAGGAAGCCCUUAUUUCAUGUGCCUGACAACAGAAGCCAUUGUUUGGACAAUGUCAAGACCUGUUGCUUCUGGGAUACACUUGUUUGUCACCUGCAAACACCAUGCAGAGAAUGGCCAUCAAUAGAAAUGGGUUCACAGCCUCAAUAGCAGGAUGGUGGGAAUGUCUCCCAGGAGGCACGCCAGUCCAAACCUGGACUGAGUGGGGUUCUGUAUUCAAACAUGCUCCAGACUGGGAAUUUGUCGUAUCUGUGGAACGUAGAGAAGGAAGCAUUUUGAAAGUACUUAUUAGGAAGUGGGCUGCGUCUGUAUGUGUUGCCAUCAGAUGGUCAGUCCCACCCUGCUUACAUGUCCAAAUCUGGCAGCUCAUGCUGCAGAGUAUUCCAGAAGACCCCUGUUAAUCCACCUGUCCCGGUGCCUCUCUGGUCCUCCUUGGCCUAACUCUGUUCUUGCUCUUGUUCUGCUGAUGAGUUCCUGUCAGGGCCACUGACUGUCCAAGUGAGUCUCCACUGCAUUCCUGAGCUUCCAGCCUCUGCUAUAUCUGCCUUCACUGAGGCCCAUCCACUGUGCACCGAGGUAUUUGAUCUGAGGCCAGGUUUUAUUUAUUAUCAUGAAAAAGGGUUGUCUUGUUAAAGAGACUUUCCUGGGCUUGCAGUUCACAACUUCUGUUCCUCAUGCCAACAUAGAAAUUACCAGAGUUUUCUGAAAAGAGUUGGAGUCAGUCUGCUGCUGCUGUAUCUUCAUAUAUAGAUAACAUUCUGCAAGGCCUGGGACCAGAGGAAACAUUUCUAUUCUGCAAGGCCUGGGGCCAGAGGCAGGGCCUGAUGAUGGGCCGGAGGAGACUCUCGCCCCCCACCACACACACACUUGGUGCCCAUCACAGCCAGGGUCAGGCUGCCCAUGUUUGUGUGAGGGUCCACAAGUGUCCAGCUGUCUCCAGACCGUUGCUUUUUGUCUCCUCCAAUAGCCCCUUAAAGAGCACUGUUGGGCAUGCUCGGAGACAGCCAUGUGCUAUUAAAAGUAGUACUUGGGAGUUGUUAGAAUGACUGUCUCCAGUGCAUGCACGAGGCCCUUGGUUGACCCCCACGACCACAUACACUGAGUGUGAUGCAUACCUGUAAUUCUAGUACUUGGGAAACGGAGGCAGGAGGGUCAUGAGUUCAGUGUUACUGUUGGUACACGGUGUGUUUGAUGCCAGCCCUGGCAUGUGAGAGACCCUGUCCCCUAAGAAGGUGAUACUUGGAGGUUCUCUCAUUCUAGGGCUGCUUCCUGGGAAGCUCCAAGAUGUAAGCUCGCCUCUCUUUCCUAAAGCACAAGCUUCACUACAAAAGGGCCAGUUACCUUUCUACUGUUGUCAGUCAUGGCUUCUGCUGAUGAAUGAUACUUUGUCGUUUUGUUCUAGUAAAUACUCUUGAAUGUA